AUUUUUUUUCCCUUUAAUAUUAUUCUUUGUUUUCAUCAACCCUAAAUAACACUUGAUCGGUUUAUCACAUAAUAUUCACUUCCCUUCAUUAGCAAGAUCUGAAAAGUGUCACUCUUCUAGGACAAUUUUCUUUUACAAAUGUGAUUGUUAUUAUGAAACAGAUGGAGGAUAAAAAUGAAAUAAUGUAAGAAGAUCGAUCCCUACAAGAUCUACUUCGCUCUUAUGAGCAUAUAUCCCAUAAUAAGCUAACAAAGUUUUCUUUGUAUCGUUCUAAAUUUAUCUGAUGUCCUCGAAGGGACAAGCCAACAAAGUUUUAAUUUGGCAAACAAUUGUCUUUGAAUACAUUACAAAACUAACCACCUUCGUUUUCACUAGUGCUUUAUGUUUUUAAAAAUAAUAAAUUGUUGCUAUUCAUUCAUCUGUUUGUUGUUUUGCCACCGUUUCGAUGUCCCUCUGAAAUUAUAGUACACGAAUAAAGAAGAAUCAAUGGAGAAUCAAGUACAAGAAGACAUGAAGAUAUCUUUCAAUAUUCCACAAGUUCAUGGCUUGGAGCCCUCAAGAGAAAAAGAUAAGGAUUGUAAAAUUCAAGAAGAAAAUAAUAAUGGACAUAAUAUGAACCUUGCCAUCACCAAUUGCACUGGGGAGUCCCAAGGCAAAUUGGCUGAAGUUAUUAAUCACUAUGCAGGGACCCUAAAUCAAGAAAUAUCUCAUCUUUUAGGUUACCCUACUAAUCAGAGCUUUGACUAUAGUGCAUUGGCACCUUUACUUCAUUUUCACAUAAACAAUGUUGGUGAUCCAUUUAUGGGAAGCAGUUAUGGUGUAAAUUCAGCUAAUUUUGAAGUAAGUGUGCUUGAUUGGUUUGCUAAACUUUGGGAAAUAAAGAAGGAAGAGUACUGGGGAUACAUCACAAGUGGUGGAACUGAAGGCAAUUUUCAUGGAAUUUUAUUAGGAAGGGAAAAGUUUUCAGAUGGGAUUAUAUAUACUUCACAAGACUCACAUUAUUCAAUAUUCAAGAUAGCAAGAAUGUAUAGAAUGAAAUGCAUGAAAGUUAGCACAUUGGUUACUGGUGAGAUUGAUUGUGCUAAUCUGAAGACUCUACUUCUUGCCCACAAGGACAAGCCAGCUAUUAUCAAUUUAAAUAUAGGAACAACUGUGAAAGGAGCUAUUGAUAACAUUGAUAUAGUAAUACAGACACUUGAGGAAAGUGGUUUUUCUCGUGAUCGAUUCUAUAUUCAUUGUGACGGAGCUUUAUUUGGAAUGAUGCUGCCACUUCUUAAACAAGCUCCAAGCAUUACCUUCAAGAAGCCCAUUGGAAGUAUAACUAUCUCUGGCCAUAAGUUUCUGGGAUGUCCAAUUCCUUGUGGUGUUUUAUUAACUCGUUUAGAACAUAUCAACACUUUAUGUAAAGAUGUUGAAGUGAUUGGUUCUAGGGAUACCACAAUUAGUGGUAGUCGAAGUGGUCAUGCUCCAAUCUUUCUUUGGUAUGCUUUGCAAAAAAGAGGUAUCAUAGGACUCCAAAAUGAAGUGCAUAAAUGCAUGAUGAAUGCACGUUACUUGCAACGUAAACUUCGUGAUGCUGGAAUUGGUACAAUGUUAAAUGAAUUUAGCAACACAGUUGUUUUUGAGAAGCCUUUGGAUAUUGAGUUUAUUCGAAAGUGGAGUUUAGCAUAUCAAGGAAAUAUUGCACAUGUGGUGGUGAUGCAACAUGUUACUAUUGAAAUGUUGGACUCAUUUGUUGAUGAGUUUACUAAAAAACGAGCAAUUUGGUUUCAGUAUGGGUUGAGAAAGCCUAUAUGUCUUGCAGAUGAAAUUGGUGCUGAAAAUUGUAUUUGUUCAUUGCACAAUUGAUUUACAUCGAAUGGAACAUAUUGAGUAAUACAUAUUAUUUUAUCAAAUAAUAAUUUACUCAAUCAUGUUCUCAUCAAUUUGUACUAUUAUCUUAUUUGAAAUUUAUGAAUAAUGUUAUAGACUGUUAACUAUUGUUAAUGUCUAUUAUUGUUGUGAA